GUACAGUUUUAUCUUUUUCUUCUCCGAUACACCUUCCCUCUUCUCUUAUAAUUCCAGACAAACUCUGUGAUUUCCUUCGCAAGCAUAUUUCUGAAGUUCAUCAACACUAGGUUUGAUCUUUUGAAACGUUAUUUUAUUUGUUUUGUAUAUUUUUCAGAUAUGAUGAUUACUAACUAUAAAUGGUUAAGUACUGUUUUGUUUCCUCUAAUUAACUUCAUUUAAAAGGUACAUACAUAUUGUAAACCCUAGGCAUAGUUCUUAAUUUUCUGCGAAAGGGUUUUUUCAUAGAAUGGAAUCCGAUUGGGGGUGUGAUAAAAAAAGAAAAGGAGAUGAUUUUACAUCAGAAAAGAAAGAUAAAAAAGAAAAGGAGAUGAUUUUACAUCAGAAAAGAAAGAUUAAAAAAAUGAAAGAGGAUGAAAUCGAUACCUGGAAGAGGAGGUAUUCAGAUUUGAUGGAGAGAUUUAAGAUUCUGGAUAAAGUAGAAGCCAGAAAUGUAAAGUUGAAAAAAAUCUUAGAUCAUCAGGAACAUAGGAACUCUGUUCUGUAUGCAUCAUUUAAGGAGAAAGAAGAGGAAUGUCGUGAACUUGAGGAUAAGUUGAGUGACUUAUAUGAGAGAUGUUAUUAUGCUGAACAAGAUUUUAACGAGUACACGUUUAUGUUCGAUGAAUUGUGUCAGAAGAUCGAGGGUUUCAAGAAGAAGAUUGGGCAAUUUGAGUUUCUAACUUGCUCGAAAAAUCCUGCAAAAAUUAGUGAGUACAGGAAACAAUGUAGUGAAAUGCAUGAAAAGAUUAGAGGAUUAGAAGAAGAUAAGAGAGUUGUUAUAAAAAAAGGGUUGGCGGAACAAGAACGAAUCGCAUACUUGGAGAAUCAAGCGAUGUUUAGGUUGAAAUAUGAACUUGAAUUAGAGAAAAAGUCAGAUGGUUAUCGAACUAAGUAUAAUGAGUUGUGUAUGAGGUAUAAGGAGAAGAAAGCAAGAGUGACUUCUCUUGAAAAUGAGGUUAAGGAAAAUAAGGGAUUAUGUGUUCAGCUGAAUGAGCGAAUAGCUAGUUUACAAGAAGAACGGAAAGUUAUGUGCGAGGUGGAGAAGAAAGCUCAAGUUAGAAUCACUUACUUGGAAAAAUUGUUAGGCAAGAGGAUGAAAAGUGAUAAAAGAGACUUGAAAUUGCCGAACUUGGGGUUAGAUGAAGAAAAUUCGACUUUGAGAUGUUCCGGAGGUUCUCCUGAUUAUGGUGAAAGAGAAAGUGACCAAAGAGGUUUACAUAAUGAAAAUUCUUGCAAUGAUAAAAGGGCGAACGAUACAUACAGAAGACUUCGCAGUGAAAUGAAUGGUGGGACUCAUGAGGCCUAUGUGGCUCGGACGACAUUCACAAAGAAAAUGAUGAAUAAUGCUGAAAAGAUUCUUACUUCUGGUUUUCGAGAUAGUAACAACUUCUCAUCUCAAGGAAACAAAGAUGCACAUGUCUCAGGUACUGUUGAGAUCUGUGACAACAAGGAUGAACAUAUUAGUCUGCGGCGUAUUUGCCACUCUGGAGGCAGAGAAGGGAUGCAAGUUUCAACUGGCAAUAGAACUGAAAGAUGUUUAAAAAAACCAUUAUCUGAUCAGAUAGGUGAGGUAUAUGACAGCAGUUGUGAUGAAGAUGAUACACCAUUAUUUUCCGCAGUGAAAGGAAGAAGGUUUUUGAAAAUUGUAACCAGUGACGGUGAGGAAGAUGAUACAACUCUACUCGGUGAACUUCAUGAAAAGGUACUCGAAGAGCUUACAGUAAUUCCUAAACUCAAACUCUCUCCAACGGAUCUAUGUGCAUGGAAUUCGUCCAAUGUUGCUCUCUCUUCUGGUGGUCAGAAUGUUGAAGAAUUCGUCUCCCCUUCAGGUCAAAGACAGGUAUCACUGAGAAAGCGUGAAGAAAAGAAGAGUCAGGCUGAUGAAACAUUUAAAAAUGUCAAAGACAUCUUAGCUCUGAAUGAUCUUGAAAUGUCUGCAUCACCAGCGCAAGUAAAGAUAGGCAACCCAACUUCUGAGAAUGACGAACAGAAUGUGGCACAAGAGGCUGGUUCUGAGAGAGAGGGUGACAGUAUGGGUGGAUGUUUUGAAAAUAUUAGUCCGCGGCGUGUUUGUCACUCUGGAGGCACAGAAAGGAUGCAAGUUUCAACUGGUAAUAGAACUGAAAGAUGUUUUAAAAAAACAUUAUCUGAUCAGAUAGGUGAGGUAUAUGACAGCAGUUAUGAAGAAGAUGAUAGCCCAUUAUCUUCCGCAGUGAAAGGAAGAAGGUUUUUGAAAAUUGUAACCAGUGACGGUGAGGAAGAUGAUACAACUCUACUUGGUGUACUUCAAGAGAAGGUACUCGAUGACCUUACAGUAUUUCAUAAACUCAAACUCUCUCCAACGAAUCUAUGUGCAUGGAAUUCGUCGAAUGUUGCACUCUCUUCUGGUGGUCAAACUGCUGAAGAAUUCGUCUCCCCUUCACAUCAAAGACAGGUAUCACCGAGAAAGCAUGAAGAAAAGAAGAGUCAGGCUGAUGAAACAUUUAAAAAUGUCAAAGACAUCUUAGCUCCGAAUAAUCGUGAAAUGUCUGUGUCAUCAGCACAAGUAAAGAUAGGCAACCUAACUUCUGAGAAUGACGAAGAGAAAGUGGCACAGGAGGCUGGUUGUGAGAGCGAGGAUGACAGUAUGGGUGGACGUUUUGCAAAAGGGGUUGAUAGUGGAGAUAGCUCAAGCGACUCAGAAGAUGCAGUGGAUAAUGAGUUAGAUUUUGGUCGCGUUGUAGCAAUGAUGAGAAGUAACACAAAUAAAGAGAUGAAAUGGCAAAAUGAAGCAGAUAUGGGUUCCUCAUUUGAGAAGGAUCCCGUCCUUUGUAUGAAAGCUGUUUGUGCUCUACAUAGGCAGCAAGCAGAUGAUGGAAAAUCAAUUAAGGGUCCGUUCAGCCAGUUUUCUGCACUCAGCGGAAGUGAUUUAGCUGAGUUUCUAAUGGAUUGGAACCCAGAAGUUGAUUUGGAGAAGUCUGUAAAAGAGCUGGAAAUUUUUGACCGUGAAGGACUUGAAGAUUGUAAAACCUUGGCCACAUACUACUCGAAGCAGUUAUUCUCCAUUUACCAGAAAGGAGAAGAUCCCUUCUUUAAUCCUUCAUAUCUUAGGCUUACAGCCUGACAUCAAAAUCGAACUGCAAACUUUUGGUGGAUCAAAAUCAAACUGCAAACUUUUUAUUCUUCUCAAGGCACUAACUGGGAACCACCCUUUUUGAUCAACUGUAAAUUUCAGAAAUGAUAAAUAGGCCUCCCUACCGAAGGCAGUUUGGUUCUUCACUUUCUUUUUAGUUAUAACCUUCUUUGCAUCAAAAUAUAUACGCAGUUUGAUCAGUUGUGGAUAUUUAAGCCAGCAACAUUGUUCGAAUGGAAAAGUAAGUGCAUGUUCACUUUUUGUUCGGUGAAACAACUUGGGAGCAGCAUUGUUUAUACUCCCGGCUCUCUUCUUGUGUGGAA